ACUUUGAUCAUUUUGACUGAUGGAUGAACCCAUCAAAAACAAAAUCUACUGCUCUCACUUUAAUUUUUUUCCAUGGUCGGUUCUGGAUAUCCUUACUACUACACACACCCUUCCGUUAUAGACAUGGGCAUCCAUGCUAAAGCAAAUUCCCUUUGGCUCCCCAUGUUCAAUCCAACCAACUCUUUUCUUGAACCCACACCCUUUCUCUCCUUCCCUUCUCAUCUUUAAGUUUUGGCGAUUAAAGGGUAACCAAAACAGCAAUAUUGUAUCAAUCUUCCCCGUUCUCUCUCAAAGGGGAAAACAAGAUUCCUUCCAUGCCCCACAUCUUUUGCCUUUCAAUUAUUCCUUCCUCCAUGUACAAAUAAAUGCCAAAUAUUGAUUCUUCUUUCAUAGUCUUGACCCUCUCUAACCCUCAUGUCCUUUAUCUCUCUCCGAUGGUUCCAGAAUUAGAGAAACCUCAAGUUACAGAGAUACAAGUCCGAAUGGACUGUAAUGGAUGCGUACAGAAGAUCAAAAAGGCUCUGCAUGGCAUCAAUGGUAUCUAUGAACUCCAUAUUGACAUCACCCAACAGAAGUUGACAAUAAUUGGGUGGGCAGAUCCAGAAAAAAUAGUAAAAGCCAUUAGGAAAACUAGAAAGAUUGCCACUAUAUGUUCCCACACAGAACCAUCAGAUCAGCCAGCCGCUCAGCCAACAGAACCACCACCAACCACCAAAGCAACAAACCCUACCCUAGCAGAAGCUCCACCGGCUGAAGCAGCACCACCAGCGGAACCACCAACAGACCCACCACCACCUGAGAAUCCACCACCAGCAGAGAAACCAUCACUAUUACCUGUUGCUACAGAAACCAAUGCAAACCAGCCCGCACAUGCCUCUGAACCAAAAGAUGUAGGAGAGGUUCAUGUCAUAUACCAUCAUCCACCUGACUAUGGGUACAGAUAUAGCUUUGAUCAUAGUUAUGGCGGUCCCUGGAACAGAUACCCAAACAGCCAUGGACUUCCACCAGAGCCCAGAUACCCUAAUAGCCAUGGACUACCAACAGAAUCACCACAGCCAAUCUAUGUGACUCACAGCUACAACACAUACAGGCCAUCACCAUAUGUCAAAGAAUACGAGCACAUUCACUCUCCACCGCGUCACACAAUUUACAGUAGGAUGGAUCAUUACAGCGAGGAUUAUCAUGAAAUAACUCGCAAUGGAAACAUCACAUCUAUCUUCAGUGACGAAAACCCAAACGCAUGUAGAAUAAUGUAAGGCUCAGGAAAGUUGCAAGAGAAACAAGGCACUUCAAUUCUUACGCCUCUGGAAAAGAGAUUACUUGGUGGAGAAUAAUCAGAGAAAAAAAUAAAGGAAUCUGGUGGCACUAAUAUUUUCCUAAUAAGCAUGUGAAAAUGUUUGAGGGAAGAUAUUUGAUUCUAAACUUGUUACUGCAAGAAGAAUUGAUUCUGCAUUCCACUCCUUAUUGGACUAAUAAUACAUACUGCCUGCUGUAGAAGAAUCCUUAAAAGAAAAUUUUUUAAACUAUGCUUCCCAGCCUACCAUUUUUUACAAA